AUGGCCAUGAUGACAUUGAAGAGAAGAAGAGUAGAAGAAGAAUCAGUAGAGAAAUUCGCAAUGGCAAAUUGUGUGGAUAUCAUGAAGAGGAACGAGUUGUUAGGAAGACCUAAACUCUUCGAGUGCAAGACAUGCAAGAAAAAAUUUGAUUCAUUUCAAGCACUUGGUGGGCAUAGAACGAGCCACAAGAAUACGAUGAAUAAGCUCAUCACGAAGAAUACUACUAACGACUUAUUACCCGUUAAGCCCAAAAUACACAAAUGCUCCCUUUGUGGCGAAGAGUUCGCUCUAGGCCAAGCGCUUGGUGGACACAUGAGAAAACAUCGCGAUGAAUUGAAUCAACUCGAGCCAAAAAAGAAGAAAUUGAAGGAGAACUCGAAGAAUGGUGAAUUUGCUGAAGUUGUUCACGAGAAGCAAGAUAAUGAUACUACUGAAAGAAUUUUGUACAUGGAUUUAAAUUUGACGCCGUAUGAGAAUGAAUUGAUGAUGGGUAUAAUUCAUAUGAAAGAUCUUCUAUUUGUCAAGAAGUUGCAUUUACCUGUGUUCGCUUCUAAGAAACUCGAGUCUAUUGAAGACAAGGAUUGGGAAUUUGAGCACUUACAGCAUGAUGUUGUUGAUGCUCCAGUGCAAGAUGAUGUGGUUGGCCAGCAACCAGCUGCUAUUGAUGCUCCAGAGAGUUCUCUCAGAAGAUCUAUUAGAGAGAAAAUACCUUCAUCUUAUUAUUCUCCCAAUGAGUUUUUCCAACUGCUUUAUAAAACACAAAUUAAAGUAACGAAAGUACAUACAUCUAGCACAACCAUGACAUUGAAGAGAAGUAGAGAAGAAUUAUUAGCAGUUUCAGUGGAGAAACUGGCAAUGGCGAAUUGUGCGGAUAUCAUGAAGAAGAAUGAAUCAUUAGGAAGACAUAAACUCUUCGAGUGCAAGACAUGCAAGAAAAAAUUCGAUUCGUUUCAAGCACUUGGCGGGCACAGAACAAGUCACAAGAAUACAACAAAUAAGCUCAUGAUGGCGAGUACUAAUCUCACCGAUGAUUUAUUACCUGUUAAGCCCAAAAAACACAAAUGUUCCUUUUGUGGCGAAGAGUUCACUUUGGGCCAAGCUUUGGGUGGACACAUGAGAAAACAUCGCAAUGAGUUGAAUCAACUUGAGCAAAAGAACAAGAAAUCGAAGGAGAAUCCAAAGAGAGGUGAAUUUGCAGAAUUUGUUCACAAGAAAAAUGAUUUGGGUGAUGAUGGAGAAACUUUAGUCUUGGAUUUGAAUUUGACGUCGUAUGAAAAUGAGUUAAUGACUGGGACAAUUCCUGUUUAGUCUUGUUUGUAAUUACUUCUUGAAUCUUGACCAACUUCUGCAUCUACAGCCAGGGAUUGUAGAAAUCUAGUUAGAU